CGCCGGGCAGAAUCUCACAGACUCGGCGCGCGUGCCCCGCGUCGUCUCCGAAAAGCUGCCCCUGCGCUCGCAUGCGUCACUUCUGACCUGUCUCCCUGGUCGAUUGAUUUUGCUCUGGGUGCUCUGGCAGCUGGCGGCUAAACAGCUGCCCCCUGAGCGCUGAUGGCAGCUGGCGGCUAAACAGAUGCCUCCACGCCAUCGCCGCGAUGUGAUCCGCAAUCCGCGCCAUGACCGUGACGCGAUGUGACCCGCAGGUCAAUAAUCAUGUACAAGGUCCUCCUCGUCCUCGCCUCGGCGGCUGCGCUCAAGCGCCCGCAGCGCGCGCUAUCGGUGCGCGGCGGCGAGCUCGGUCUCAACGCUGACACGGCGAUCCAGGUCGGCACGGGCCUCAUGGGCGUCGCGGGCGCCUACACCGUCAUCGACCCCGCCGGCAACCUCGACAAGUACGGCGUCUCCAAGCCCGACGCCUCGGCCGUGAACAUGAUGGCCUGGGCCGGCGGCUGGCAGGUCGCGCUCGCGGCGAUCUACGCCGCCGACGCGGAGAAGGCCGUGGGCCUCUCGGGCUACAUCGCCGCGUGGACCCUCCUCGCGCAGUCGCGCGUGAGCGACGUCAUGGGCGGCCCGAAGGCGUCGACGUACGUGUGGACAGCUAUCUGUGCGGCGCUCGGCUACAAGACACUGCGGGACGACCUCUCGCCCUGGCCCCUCGUCGCCGUGUGGACCUUGAACGGCAUUCAGCAGCACUUCAUGCGGGACCAGUGCCUCGAGAUGUACGGCUGCAACAAGCAGUCGGCGCUCGGCAAGGCGAUGAUGGGCGUUUCCGGCCAGUCGAUGCUCAUGGGCGCCGCCUACCUCAUCGCCCUCACAAAGGGCAAGUCGCAGGCCGAGGCCUUUGGGAUCUCGUGGGCCGUCGGCGCCGCCCUGGCUGCGAAGUUUUGCAUCACCGAGGCCGACGACCUCAAGGUCCCGAAGGCGGGCCCGGGCGUGUGGGCGGUGAUCUCCGCCGGCAUCGCGUACGCCUGCCUCAAGUGAGCUCCUUUCCCGAGUCGCCGCCGCGGCGGCACUUCCCCCGCCCACAAGUCAACUACUUGUUAGUUAAGUUACUUCUAC